AUGGUUCAGCUGCCAUUCCGCCGCGAUGCACCGAGACUUGGCGAAUCAUAUGCGCACGCUCUUCGCCUAUUUCAACGCCUAGAAAGACGUCUCGUUGGUGACUCUGAGCUUAAAGAUAAUUACAUUAAGUUCAUGCGUGAGUACGUAAGUCUUGGCCAUAUGGAACCCGUAAAUAACGUAGGUGAUCACACCAACGGCUACUACAUUCCCCACCACGCUGUAACCACCAAAUUUAGAGUGGUGUUCAAUGCAUCGGCACCAACUAGUACUGGCGUGUCACUAAAUGAGGUGCAAAUAGUGGGCCCGACCAUAAAAGACUCGCUCAUCAAUAUAAUUUUACGUUUCCGACGCUAUAGGGUGGCCCUAACAGCCGACAUUGAAAAAAUGUUCCGGCAGGUACUCGUUGCCCCCAUACACCGAGAUUUCGAACGGAUCCUUUGGCGCGAGUAA